CAAAAACAAAGCGAACAACUGAGACAAAUUGUAGGACAUCCAUGUGCUAUCUGGCCGGUGCUUGUUUGACCUCAUCCCUCGUCAUUUUCUGCUCCAUCUCUAUAACAUAUGAUCCUCCCUAAUUGAGGGGAAUUCUUCACUUCACUUCCCAUCCCAGUUUCCGUCAGCUGUGGCUCAGGGAACCCACCAUGUCCAAUCGCAGCCCACUGCUCUUCUUCACUACUCUGUCAGUCAUAUCGAUUUUGUUGCUCCAAUCCCCAGCAAGUUUCGCGAGCUAUGGGGGAAGAGAUGCUAUACAGGCUCUAGCUACCCGUCUGGAUUCUCAAAGGUUUUCUUCAUCUGUUCAAGAAACUGCAGCUUAUGGUGUCCUGAGAAGAUUGCUUCCCCUUCCUGCCUACCAAAGCAGCUUUGUCUUCAAGAUUGUCUCUAAGGAUUCUUGCGGUGGAAAGAGUUGCUUUAUGAUAAGCAAUCGUCUCAAGUCCAGCCGGAGUGGGGCCGAGAUAAUCAUUAAAGGAACCACAGCAGUGGACAUCGUAUCAGGCUUGCAUUGGUACAUAAAGUAUAGUUGUGGCGCUCAUGUUUCAUGGGAUAAGACUGGUGGCAUUCAAAUUGCUUCAAUUCCCAAGCCUGGAUCACUGCCUCGUGUGAAAGAUGAUGGGGUAAUGAUUCAGAGGCCUGUUCCUUGGAACUACUACCAAAACGUUGUUACAUCAAGUUAUUCCUAUGUAUGGUGGAACUGGGAGAGAUGGGAGAACGAGAUAGACUGGAUGGCUCUCCAGGGUGUUAAUCUGCCUUUGGCAUUCACUGGACAAGAAGCAAUUUGGCAGAAAGUCUUCAUGAACUUCAACAUCACUGCGCAUGAUUUAGAUGGUUUCUUUGGUGGACCUGCUUUCCUUGCAUGGGCUCGCAUGGGAAAUUUACACGGCUGGGGUGGUCCUUUAUCACAAUCAUGGAUGGAUGAACAGUUGGUCUUACAGAAACAGAUACUCACUCGGAUGCAAGAACUGGGCAUGACCCCAGUGCUGCCAUCGUUUUCUGGAAAUGUGCCGGCUGCUUUGAGCAAGAUUUUCCCUUCAGCUAAGAUAACGAGGCUGGGAGACUGGAACACUGUGAACAAAAACCCACGUUGGUGCUGCACAUACCUUCUUGAUCCUUCCGAUCCUCUGUUCAUUGAAAUUGGAAGGGCUUUUAUACAUCAACAGUUUAAAGAAUAUGGAGAUGUAACCGACAUCUACAGCUGCGAUACCUUCAAUGAAAAUUCCCCACCUACAGAUGACCCAGAAUAUAUAAAUUCUUUAGGUGCUGCUGUCUACCAAGCAAUGUCUGCUGGUGACAAGUAUGCUGUGUGGUUAAUGCAAGGCUGGCUUUUCUAUUCUGACUCCGCAUUUUGGAAGCAACCUCAAAUGGAGGCACUUCUACAUUCCGUCCCGUUUGGCAAAAUGAUUGUACUCGACCUGUUUGCUGAGGCCAAGCCAAUCUGGGAAAGUUCCUCUCAGUUCUAUGACACCCCAUAUGUCUGGUGCAUGCUGCAUAAUUUUGGUGGAAACAUAGAAAUGUAUGGCAUAUUGGACUCAAUAGCUUCAGGUCCUGUAGAUGCCCGUGUCAGCAAAAAUUCAACCAUGGUACUCAUUUGGAUUUUUAUUCAACUUGCUGUCACCUUAACCAGUUUAUUUAUAGGAAUAGAGCAAAACCCAGUUGUCUAUGAGCUAAUGUCCGAAAUGGCAUUCCGGAAAGAAAAAGUUAAAAUUUUGGAAUGGCUGAAGACUUAUGCUCGCAGACGAUAUGGUAAAGCAGUUCCUGAGAUUGAGGCAGCUUGGAACAUUCUCUAUCACACUGUUUACAACUGCACAGACGGAAUUGCUGACCAUAACACAGACUUCAUAGUAAAAUUUCCAGACUGGGAUCCAUCGGUGAAUCCUAGGCACAUCAUAUCUAAACAGGAUGAGCUACAUACGCUCUUUGGAGGGGGGAGAUACUUGUUCCAACAGCAGAGGAGUUCCGAUUUCCCUGAGGCACACUUGUGGUACUCGAACCAUGAUACAGUGAAAGCUUUGCAACUAUUUCUUGAAGGGGGAGAUAUAGUUAAUGGCAGUCUCACUUACAGAUAUGACUUAGUGGACUUAACCCGUCAAGUUCUGUCCAAGAUCUCAAACGAAGAAUACACCAACGCCAUUCUUGCUUUCCGUAAGAAAGAUAUUAGUGCUCUGAAACAUCACAGCAGGAGAUUCCUAGGGCUGAUCAAGGACAUUGAUGUACUUCUUGCUUCCGAUGACAAUUUUCUACUUGGGACGUGGCUUGAAACCUCAAAGGCACUGGCUUCAAAUCCAAUCGACAGUAAGCUGAAUGAGUGGAAUGCGAGAACACAAGUGACUAUGUGGUAUGAUACAACAGCAGCUCUUCAGAGCAAGCUUCAUGACUAUGCCAACAAGUUUUGGAGUGGGUUGCUGGAAGACUAUUAUCUUCCCCGAGCUUCGACUUUCUUUGGCCAUCUGAUAAACAGCUUGGAGAAGAAUGAACAGUUCAAGAUGGUGGAUUGGAGGGUAGAAUGGAUAGCAUUAUCAAACAAAUGGCAAGCAGGUUCAAAGCUCUAUCCAGUGAAAGCGCAAGGGGAUGCUCUUUCUAUCGCUAGAGGGUUGUAUGAAAAGUAUUUGAGAAAUUGAGAUGAUAACCAACUGAACUGGUAGACAUGUUGUAAAAUACAGAAGCCAACCAAAUAAACUAAUAUGAACACUUCUGACAGACUUUUGAUUCUUGCACGGGCAAAGUUUCAUGUUCUUUCAAUAUAUCAAGACUUCUAAACUAGACCAAUUUGGAUGAAAUUACUAAUCAGAACCCCGAUC